GUCGUAUUUAGUACUCAAGCGUCGGUCACGCAGGGCGCACGUCACCGUCGCGUCGCGCAGCAGUUUUACGAACAGACUCUUGUAUUUUACAAAAUGGACAACGACAAAAUAGAGAGGAUAAUCGAACUGGUCCGCAGCCAUGUUUACCUGUACGAUAUAAGUCAUCCGCAGUUUAAAAAUGCCAGCUUAAAGACGGAGGUUUGGCAGUCCAUAGGGAAAGAGAUUAAUGAAACUGGAAUAGCCGUUAAAAACAAAUGGAGGACAGUAAGAGACGGAUACGCCAAGCACAAAAAACUAAUCAAAGAGUCGAAAGGCACCGGCGGCCCCUAUAUCUGGGGGUCACGUCUUGCAUUCUUGGACAAGUAUCAUUCGGGUAAACCACGCAAGAUCCGCAAAACCGACACUAAUACAGGAAUCACAAACGCUAUAGAGUCACACAACACGAUGCCAACCACCGACAACGACCAAAGACACAGAAAGAGACCUCUGCAAAGUAACGGAAGCGAUGAUGAUGGAAUCGAAAGGAUCAUUAAAUAUUUCGAAGAAAAACAAAACGAGAGGAAACUCGAUGUGAUAGAUAAUUUGUUUCUCACUUAUGCUGACACGUUUAAAAAGUUUCCCCAGCGGGAGCAAGCCAUGGUCAAGCUUGAAUUGGCCAAGCUGUUUUCAGAUUUUGAAUUGAGAUUGUGCAACAAUACUGAAAAUUCGAAUAGUACUGCCGAAUCACCUGCUUAUGCGAAUGAUUCUGCAGAAAGCCACAUACCUCAAAAUUCAGUAAUAUUUAUCAAGGAGGAGGAAGAUUACUGAAGACAUAUUAUACAUUUUGAUAGCCAUCACAUAUAGAUAUGUAUCGAAUAGUAUUUUUAAGUGCUAAUUACGAGAUUUAAAUAAUAAGAUUACACAAAAAGUUGAAUACUAA